UCAGAGAGUCAGCGUGUUAGUGACGUCAUCACUGCAGCAGGCACUCACUGCAGGACCAGCUGAUCUCUCUGACACAUCAGCUCACAAACACUCCGCUGCCGCUUCCUCUGUCUGACUGGAAAGACCUGUCUGUAUCAUGGGCAACGUUCAGCCGACCAUUGUACCGUUUGAGGAUUUCGACGUGACGGCCGACAUCAAGGCCAUACGUCAGGCGUGCAAAGGUUUUGGCACAGACGAGGAUGUCAUCAUCCAGAUUUUGGCCAAUCGCUCUGCGUCUCAGCGCGUGGAGAUCAAGCAGGCCUACUUUGAGAAAUAUGACGACGAGCUGGAAGAGGUUCUGAAGAAGGAGCUGUCAGGGAGUUUUGAGAACGCCAUCAUGGCCAUGUUGGACCCUCCUCACAUCUACUUUGCCAAGGAGCUGAGGAAAGCCAUGAAGGGGGCGGGGACGGACGAGGCCGUGCUGGUGGAGAUCCUCUGCACGGCGAGCAAUGAGGACAUCAUCAGCUACAAGGAAGCCUAUGUCCAAGUGCACGAGAGAGACCUGGAGGCCGACAUCGAGGACGACACCAGUGGAGAAGUGAGGAACCUGCUGACUUCACUGCUGCAGGCGAGCAGAGAUGAAGGCUAUGAGGUGGACGAAGAGCUGGCGGUUCAAGAUGCCACGGCCUUGUUUGAGGCAGGAGAAGGGCAGUUUGGCACGGAUGAAUCCACCUUCAGCUCCAUCCUGGCUCACAGGAACUACCUGCAGCUUCAGGCCACUUUCAAAGCGUACGAGUCACUCUCAGGGACAGACAUUUUAGACACCAUCGACGCCGAGGCUGGAGGAACGCUGAAGGACUGUUACAUCACUCUGGUGAGGUGUGCCAAAAACCCACAGCUGUAUUUCGCACGACGCCUCAACGCCGCGAUGAAGGGAGUGGGCACGGAUGAGGACACGCUCAUCCGCGUCAUCGUCGGCCGCUCCGAGAUUGACCUGGAGACAGUGAAGGACAUGUACCUGGAGAAGUACGACGUGACACUGAAAGAUGCUCUGGACUCAGAGUGCGGUGGAGACUUCAAACGUCUCCUCAUUGAAAUUCUGCACUGAAGCUCUCAACACUCACCGUACUUCACCUCUCCAUCCAUCUGCAACUAUACGUAGCGUUCAUCUCAUCUUAAUGCUCAACGUUUACUCAGCACAGACCAAAAACAACCUUUUAUUAUUCAGUCAACAUGCAGAGAACCAGAUCAGCAUCAUACAUGUUUAUUUUAACAUGACUCACCGUGUUGUUUUCCCCAAAUAUUUGAUCAACUUGUUCUCAACGCUGCUUCGAAUGUUCCCUAUGCAAAUUAGCUUCUGCUGCAACACUCAAGUGCCCAGUUGAAGGUUGAACUCUUCGCCUAUUUAAACCGGUAAUGUUUCAGUCUGUGGUGCGUUUUGUAGUCGCGUCCCUUCAACAUAAUUGGGAGUUUUAUCUCUUUGUAGUGUUUUAAUCACAAACUGCCUUUUCUCACUCUUCAAGUGGUUUUAUGCCAGAAAUGUGACGGUGCAGAUGGAUUUAUUGAGGUGUAACGACAACCUGAAUAUACAGUGUAUUUAAUUCAACUAAUUAUAAUAUAUAUAUAUAUAUAUUAGUGCUGUCAGUCGAUAAAAAAAAAUCGAAUUAAUCGCAUUUUUAUGUGAUAUCUGCUAAAGGUCUCCUGAUAAAGAAUUUGAGUUCUAGGAUAUUAAAACAUUGUAGUGCAUGACUGAUCAAUUGAAUACAGUAAGAAGAGAAGAUUUUAAAUCCAAUUUUUUUUAUUGGUGAACUGUGCUUCAUAAGUGAAAUCCAAAAGUAAAGGUCAAGCACAUCCGCAAACCAGUUAGGUGCAGAUGCAUUGCUCAAAAAUGUAAAACAAAUACAGCAAUACGGUUAAAUAAAUAAAAUAAAGCUGUUUUCAAAAAUGCUACACAAAUACAGCGAUACAAUGAAAUAAAUACAAUUCUGAAAUAAAAUAAGGCUGUCUCAAAUAGGCACUUAAGCUCAAUAUAGCAAUUAAAAAAUAAAUUAUAGAAGUAUAACACGCCUCUAAAUGAGGCAAAAUGAUUAAUUGUGUCACAUUUUUUAACGCGUUAAAUUGUGGCGUAAUUAAUUAAUCGAAUUAACGCGUUAAAAUGACAGCACUAAUAUAUAUAUAUACAUAGACACUAUGGAAAAGUAGUGCGAAGUAUUUAACAUUACGUGUAAUUGUUCAAAUGUAAAGGCAAAGAAAAUAA